AUGGGUCUCGAAACACUCACAGAUUCGUCUGCACGGAUACGAGCUAACGAAUUGAUAACUCAGAAAGAUUCGAUAGAGAAUGAGAUUAGAGAGCAGGAACAGAUUCUCAAGGGGCAAGGUGUAGGAAUGUCAGAACCUUUGGUUGACCGAUCUGGCUUUCCACGCGAUGACGUAGACCUCGUUGUUGUGCGCACGGCCAGAGCACGCAUUAUAGCAUUACAUCGAGCAAUUGCUUUCGCUCUUGUCAACGCAGUCGCACCUGACUCACCGGCGAGUGAGGCGGGCCUACAACGAAACGACAAAAUUAUAAGAUUUGGACAUUUGCAUGCUGAUAAUCAUCAGGCAUUACAAGCAGUGAAUUCGCUAGUAUCGGGUAGCGAAAAUGAAUCAAUUGAUGUUACGAUCGAGCGAGGUGAUGAAGGACGACUGGUAUUAAAAUUGACUCCAAAGCGAGGUUGGGGUGGACGAGGAUUAUUAGGCUGUCAUAUAAUUCCAAUUAAAGGAGCAAAAUAA